GCGAAUACUGCAUCCGCGGCUCAAGAAACGCACCCUGUAACAGCUAGUAAUGCGGCUAGCACGACCUCACAGGCACCAGUGCCCACCGGCCCCCGCGGCCUCGUUGAACCCGAAGCACCACCCACCGGGGCCCAAUCGAGCGGACCCCCCAACGCCCACUCGGUGGCGUCCCUGCUAUCGCAGCUGCAGACCUCCCGCAGCCUCGCCGCGGUCGUAGCGGGGCCCACCAGCAGCAGCACGCCAGUAAUAGCUAGGCCUAGGCAGCCGCCUUCUGGAGGGCCAGAAUUCCCCGGUCCGGACGCGGCGGCGCUCCCCAGCAGCAUGAGCACGGGCUCGUCGGACGCGGGCCCGGCACCCGCUCCCGCGGCGAGGCAGCGGCAGGACGUGCGGGCGUGCACGUUCCAGCAGGCGCUCCCCCAUCUCGCGCGGCUCUCCGCCAAUGCGGAUUUUCUGAAGGCGUUGGCUGCGAUGCGGACAGAGCAGGCAGAUCUGGAGCGGCAGCUGUGGAAGGAGCGGCGCGAGAUCCAGCGCGGACACGAAGAGAAGGUCAACACCGCACGCACCAAAGCUAACAUCAUCGGGGCUGGACUGACGCCAUAUGAAGCCGAUGCGUUGACAGACUCUUUUCGCGCCGAGCUGCAGCGGUUCGAUCGCGAGCGGGUCCUGCCAGCGUGGGACGGCCUGCUAGCGAAGCAGCAGGCCGCGCUCGAGGCGCUCGGCGUCCCGGCCAUGUUCCCCACCGCGCAGGCGGCAGACAGAGAGGUGCGCGUAUCCCAAGCUCAAUCGACAUUGUCGAGUCUUUCACAUUAUUUUCAAGUACCAGAUCUUCGCUCUUGCCGACGUCCGAAUUGCCCACCAAGGCCUAAUUCACCCAAUUUAAUAGGCCCCUUUCGAGGGUGUCCUGAUUCACCUGCAGUUCAGAAGACCUCGGGUGGGAUGAGUCGCGCGUGGAUGGUUGCGUGCACGUCGAGUGCGCCGCUGUGGGCGGCGUUGAGUCUCCGUUCCACUCCCUAUUAUCCCCUCCUAGUCGCCCUCUCUCCCUCGGACACCAUGCCCUAUGUCGACCUCGUCUCCUCGGACGACUACGCCGCUAUUUGGUACACCACCAAUGCGCCGGCCUGCAAUGUCAGCGGCUUUGACCCCGCGAAGCCCACGCUAAUCAUGCUGCACCCCCUGUUCCUGGACUCCUCCUGGAUGCACCCACAACUCGACGACCCCCGGUUGAACGCAAACUUCAACAUCAUCGUCUUUGACCUACGCACCUCUGGCAAGUCGUUGUACCGACCGUCGGGUCGCUACGACCUCUGGGUUACCGCUGCAGACCUCGCGCAUUGUUUCUACCAUCUCCGCCUUCCCCCCGCGCACAUCUUCGCCCCCGAGCUGUUCUCAUUCUCUGCCCUUCGCUUUGCUGCACUAUUCCCGGAACUGUGCUUGAGUCUAACGCUCUGCAACGUUACCCCACAAACAGAACUCAAGUCGAUCUUCGAGGCGUUUGAGGAGCUCUGUCACUUGUGGUGCUAUGCGGAGGACCUUGAGUCGUUCGAGACUGCGUGCAGGGAGCUCCUUAACUGUUAUGCUAUGGACACACACCCGGAUCUCAUAGACGAGCUCGUCGCGUUCUGGGAAGUACACUACCCGCCGUUCCGGCGGACAUUCGCCCUCACUAAUGUUAAUCUCGUCCUCAAUCGUACCCCUAUGAGCCCGGAACAGCUUGCGAGCGUCAGGUGUCCGGUGCUAAUUAUCCAGGCGGAGCGCAGUCCAACACACCCGAUGGAGUAUGCGCACCAGCUUCGUCAAGCACUCAUCAACGUGCCAAAUGGCGCGCAACUGUUCAACGUCAAGGCAACGCACGGCUACCUCAGCAUUUUGUCGUCAUCCAUCGUGAAUCAGGUGCUGAACAAGUUCCUCACACGCCAGCCACACGCGCGGAGCGACCUGCACGAGCCUGAGAUCCCGCUCCCGGAGCGCAUGCGUGCGGCGCUCGCCCAGCUCGCGGAGUGGGAGGACGACCCCGCGCUCGCGGACCAGGACCCGCUUUCUCCGCUCUCGUUCUCCUGUGUGACCGACGAGGUGCGCAAGAGCCAGGACGAGCUCUACGCGAUAUACCAGGAGGGCAUGCACAUCGCGUUCUCGCCGCUCGCCCCCGACGGCCGCCCACUUCGCAAGUACUCAGAGCGGAAGGACGAGCACUGGCUGAACUCGAGCGCGGACGGCUAUUCCUACACGAACAUCAAGCAGUACCAAGACCGCAUCAGCGAGAGCAACCGCGACAAGCGCCGCCCGGGCAAGCGCCCCAGCACCUCGAACGGCAACGGCUCCGCGCACGGGAACGGCGGCGGCAGCGGGGGCGAGAACGGGCGGCUGCAGGGGAGCGUGCCGGAGACGUCGCUGCUGUUCUCGCACUCGGAGCCGGUCACGCAGGAGCUGCAGCAGGUCGCGCGCAUCCGCCGCGCGACGGUCAUCCCGCCCGGCACUGCGGACAAGCAUGUCAUCAAGGGCUCGAUGGCGAAGGUCAUCGCGUCGGGCGCGGGCACGAGUCUCCCGCGCCGACUUCUGCGCUAGCGUCCGUCCGUCUGGGCUCGGACUUUUCUUUCGCUCAAUUUUGGCUGCAUCUUUAUCGAUCUACUCACUCGCCCUGUGCACAUGUUGUUGUUGUAUAUACUGACAUCUCCGUUGACGUCUCUCUCAUGGUUAUUUGCUUCUUCUUAUACCCACAGGGCCGGUCAGGCCGCAUCUAGUCGGCCAUUGCUCCUUGGGAUUCUUCUUCCUGUCACGCAUAUUUCUCCAUUUCUCUCUACGGUCUAUACUCAGGAGGUCAUGCACUAUCCGUACACUCGCUCACCCGCUCGUCCACUCACCACCAUACCUGCUCUUGUCCUUACUUUCACGCAUAACGUACGUAGAUAAAAGUACCUACUAGAUGCGUUAUUCCUCUGUUAAUGC